AUGACUCUGAUGUGGGUACAUAUCUGUGACUGUGUUUUGUCCCUUUUGUUUUACACUGAGCUGUAUUUAAAUGUUCAGGGAGAAGUUCUUCAAAUACCUGCCAACCAGUGCUGCCCUGAGUGUGUGUCCGGGACAUCUGGAUCUUGCCAUCAUGAAGACAAAAUCCAUGCACAUGGAGCGCAGUGGACUUCCUCUCCAUGCAGUGUGUGCUCUUGCUCUCAUGGAGAAGUCAGAUGUACCCCCCAGCCAUGCCCACGACUGCUAUGUGGACCAGGGGAAAGGGAAUUUAUCCCAGAAGGAAGCUGCUGCCCAGUCUGUGUGGGUCCUGGGAAACCAUGUUCCUAUGAGGAGCAAGUAUUUCAAGAUGGACAGGAGUGGUCACUGAGCCGGUGUGCCAGAUGCCUCUGCAGAGAUGGGAUCGUCCAGUGCUUCACAGCCCAAUGUCAGCCUCUGUUCUGUAACCAGGAUGAAACUGUGAUUCGAGUCCCUGGAAAAUGCUGUCCACAGUGCUCUUCUCAUUCCUGCUCUGCUACUGGCCAAGUACAUGAGCAUGGUGAACAGUGGAGUGAGAAUGCCUGUACCACAUGCAUUUGUGACCUAGGGGAGAUCAGAUGCCAUAAGCAAGCCUGCCCUCCACUACGAUGCGAAAAGGGUCUAAAAAGGUCUCGGCGUCAUGGAGAGUGCUGUGAGGAAUGUGUGUCUCCAGUUGGAAGCUGCUCCUAUGAUGGGAUUGUGCGGUAUCAGGAUGAAAUGUGGAAGGGUUCAGCCUGUGAGUUUUGUAUGUGUGAUCGGGGCCAAGUGACCUGCCACAUUGGAGAAUGUGCCAAAGUGCAGUGUGCUCAGGGUGAAGAAUUAAUUCACUUAGAUGGAAAAUGCUGUCCUGAAUGCCUUGCGAAGAAUGAUUAUUGUAGAUAUGAAGAAAACACAGCAUUUGGAUCUUCUAAUGUGAGUGAAGUUAAGUAUGUUCCCGAGGGAAAGAAGUGGGAGGAUGGCCUUUGCAAGGUGUGUGAGUGUCAGGGGGCUCAGGUGACUUGCUAUGAACCCUCUUGUCCUCCAUGUCCUGUGGCCACAUUAACCAAAAUGGUGAAAGGACAUUGUUGUCCAGACUGCACAUCAGAUCAUUGCCAUCCAGACUGCUUAACCUGCUCACAGUCUCCAGACCACUGUGACCUAUGCCAGGAUCCCACAAAGUUGCUGCGCAAUGGACGGUGUGUGCACAGCUGUGGUCUGGGAUUUUACCAGGCUGGUGCUCUCUGUCUAGCUUGUCUACCUCAGUGCUCCACAUGCAAUAAUGGACACGAAUGCUCCUCCUGUCAGCCACCCCUGCUGAUGCGGCAUGGGCAGUGUGUAGUCACAUGUGGGGAUGGAUUCUACCAGGAUCAUCACUCCUGUGCAGUAUGCAGUGAAUCCUGUGCUGCUGCUGGGGUCCUACUUGAGAAGCACUGCUUGUCCUGCAGAGAUCCCCUCCAGGUGCUGAGAGAAGGCGGUUGUGAAGACAGCUGUGGUGAUGGCUUUUACAACAAGCAAGGGACGUGCAAGGCUUGUGACCAAUCCUGUAAGAGCUGUGGACCCAAUAGUUCCAGGUGUCUUACCUGUAUUGGAAAGACAGUGUUACAUGAUGGGGAAUGCACUUCUGAAUGCCCCAGUGGUUACUAUGCUGAUGCCACUGGCAGAUGCAAAGCAUGUCAUAGCUCAUGUGCCAGCUGCUCUGGACCCUUGAUCUCCCACUGUACCGCCUGUUCCCAUCCCCAGGCUCUACAUCAAGGUCUCUGUUUGUCCAGCUGUGGAGAGGGCUUCCACCCCGACCAUGGGGUCUGCAAAGCCUGCCAUUCCUCCUGUCUGACCUGUGUGGGUCCAGAGCCCUCUCACUGUACCCGCUGUAAGAAGCCAGAGGAAGGACUGCAAGUGAAACUGCUGCCUGGGGCAGACCUCCCCUCUGGUGAGUGCCUGCCCCACUGCAGAGCCAGGUUUUACUUGGAGAGCACUGGACAGUGUGAAGGGUACGUGUAAUCUUGCCACCAGUCCUGUUUGGGAUGUGCAGGAAGGAGUCCACACAACUGCACAGCCUGCCAGCCUUCACGUGUGCUGUUGGAAGGGCGUUGCCUCUCUCGGUGCCCAAAUGGAUUCUUUAACCAGGAAGGCAGUUGCACAGAAUGCCACCCCAGCUGCAGGCAGUGCCAAGGGCCUUCGGAAUCUGACUGUGUCUCCUGUCACCCUCACAUCACUUUUACUGCUGGGAACUGCCUGACUAAUUGCAAGGAAGAACAGUUCUUCAACAUCAUGGGAUACUGUGCUGACUGCCAUCCUCUGUGUCGACACUGUGUGGCUGACCCUCACAGCAACGGCAGCAUCUGCCUGAUGUGCCAGCACACCCAGCAUCUGCUGCUGGGGGACCACUGCGUUCCCAGCUGCCCUUCUGGAUACUAUGCAGCGAGAAGAGUUUGUAAAAAAUGCCACUCCUCCUGCCAGACCUGCCAUAACAAAGGUCCCUUCUCCUGUUCCUCUUGUGAUCCCGGCCUUGUUCUGACUCACCUGGGCACCUGCAGUACUACCUGCUUUCCUGGACACUAUCUGGAUAACAACCAUGCUUGUCAGUCAUGCAGUGCACAGUGUGGAAGCUGUGAUUCACAGAACAGCUGUACUUCUUGCCGAGAUCCAAACAAGGUCCUACUCUUUGGGGAGUGUCAGGAUGAGGUCUGUGCUCCACAAUACUAUCUUGACUUCUCCACCAAGACUUGCAGAGAGUGUGAUUGGAGUUGCAGUGCAUGUACUGGGCCUCUGAGGACAGACUGCCUACAGUGCUUGGAUGGCUACGUACUCCAGGAUGGAGCUUGUGUGGAGCAGUGCUCGCCUUCAUUUUACCGCCAUUCAGGCAUCUGUAAGAGCUGUGAUAGCUACUGCCUCCAGUGCCAAGGUCCCCGUGAAUGUACCCGCUGUGAAGAGCCAUUUCUCCUCUUAGAAUCUCAGUGUGUCCAGGAAUGUGGCAAGGGGUACUUUGCUGAUCAUAUAAAUCACAGAUGCACAGCCUGCCCACAGGGAUGCUUGCAGUGCCACCACAUGGACCGGUGUUAUAUCUGUGACCAUGGAUUUUUCCUGAAGAGUGGCCUCUGCAUUGCCAACUGUAUUCCUGAUUUCUCUGUUCAUGCUACUAAUGAAACAUGUUCUGGAAAAAUGCACACUCCUACUCUUUAUAUAAAUGGUUCCCUCACUCUUGCCAUUGGUUCGAUGAAGCCACUGGAUUUUUCCCUUCUGAAUGUACGAGACCAGGAUGGCAGCGUUGAAGACCUCCUUUUCCAUGUUGUGAGCACUCCUACCAAUGGUCAGCUAGUGUUUUCAAGGAAUGGAAAAGAAGUCCAGCUUGACAAGGCUGGUCAUUUUAGCUGGAAAGAUGUACACGAGAAAAAAGUGCGUUUUGUGCACAGCAAAGAAAAGCCCAGGAAAGGUUACUUUUCGCUGAAAAUCAGUGACCAACAGUUCUUCUCUGAGCCAAAGCUGAUCAACAUACAAGCAUUUUCAACACAGGCUCCCUAUGUGCUGAGAAAUGAGGCCCUCCAUAUUAGCAGGGGUGAGAAGGGGACUAUCACCAACCAGCUACUUGACAUCCGAGAUGACGACAAUCCCCAGGAUGUGGUCGUCGAAGUACUUGAUCCUCCACUUCAUGGCCAAUUGCUCCAAACACUACAAUUCCCUACAACUCCACUCUAUCAAUUCCGGCUAGAUGAGCUCUCCAGGGGACUUCUCCACUAUGUUCACGAUGGUUCAGACAGCACAUCUGAUGUUGUCGUCUUGCAGGUCAAUGAUGGACACUCCAUUCGAAACAUACUCUUUCAUGUAAAGACUAUUCCCAAGAAUGCUGAUGGUCUUAGACUUGUAGCUAAUUCAAUGGUAUGGGUUCCAGAAGGGGGGAUGCUGCAGAUCACCAAUAGGAUCUUACAGGCUGAAGCUCCAGGUGCCAGUGCCUCAGAAAUUAUCUACAAAAUUACAGAGGAUUAUCCCCAGUUUGGAGAGUUGGUUCUUUUGAUUAAUAUGCCAGCAGAUAGCCCUGCAGAUGAAGGCCAGCACCUGCCUGAUGGAAGGACUGCAACCCCAACCAGCACCUUCAGCCAGCAAGACAUUGAUGAAGGCAUUGUGUGGUACAGGCACUCUGGAGUCCCAGCCCAGAGCGACUCUUUCCGUUUUCAGGUAUCCAGUGCCACUGAUGCCCACACCCAUCUGGAAAGCCGUAUGUUCAACAUUGCCAUUUUACCACAGACACCAGAAGCACCAAGACUCUCUCCAGGAGCUUCUCUUCAUAUGACUGCUCGAGAAGAUGAUCUGACUGUGAUUCAGCCCCAUUCCCUCUCCUUUGUCAACUCCAACAUGCCAAGUGGAAAGAUUAUAUAUAAUAUCACUUUACCUCUGCAUCCAAAUCAAGGUACCAUCGAAUACCGGGACCGGCCUCACACUCCCAUCAGAUACUUCACACAGGAAGAUAUUAACCAGGGCAAAGUCAUGUACCGUCCUCCCACUGCUGCUCCCCAUCUCCAGGAAAUCAUGUCCUUCUCCUUUGCUGGUCUCCCAGAAUUGGUGAAAUUCCACUUUACAGUUUCAGAUGGAGAGCAUACAAGCCCAGAGAUGGCCCUCAACAUUCACUUACUACCCAUUGAUGAGCUCCCACCAUCGUUUCAAGUCACUGCUCCAGUGCUUGAGGUUACUCCAGGAGGCAGCACAUCUGUAGGACUUGGGUUGAUAGUAAGAGAUACUAAGACAGACCCUGAAGAACUCUACUUUGAGCUUCGUAAACCUCCACAACAUGGUGCACUCCUUAAGUACACAGCUGGGUCCCAGGGACCUAUGGUUGCAGGGGACACAUUCACGUAUGCAGAUAUUGAGAAGAAUGUGCUGCAGUAUAUGCAUGAUGGUUCCUCUGCCCAAGAAGACAGCCUGGAGAUCUCAGUCACAGAUACAGUGGCCACCACCACAGUGGAAGUGAAAGUACAGGUGAUAUCAUUGGAUGACCCCAGGCCUAGACUAGCUGCUGGGGCUUUGCUUAGCAUCACUGUUGCUAGUAAAAGUACAGCCAUCAUCACUCGGUCACAUCUGGCUUACGAGGAUGAUUCUUCACCAGACUCAGAGAUUUGGAUUCAGUUAAAUUCUCUACCCAGAUUUGGCACUCUCUUACGAACCAAAGGACCUGAGGUGGAAGAAUUGUCAGAGGUUUCCAAUUUCACAAUGGAAGACAUCAACAGCAAGAACAUUCGGUAUUCAGCUGUGUUUGAGACUGAAGGCCAUAUGGUUACUGAUAGCUUCUAUUUCUCUGUCUCCGAUAUGGACCAUAACCAUCUGGACAAUCAGAUGUUUACCAUCAUGAUCACUCCUGUCAAGAUUCCACCUCCAGUCAUUGCUUUUGCUGACCUUAUCACGGUUGACGAGGGUGGCAGAGCCCCGCUCUCAUUUCACCAUUUCUUUGCUGCUGAGGAUCUUGACAACCUCCGGAGAGAUGCCAUCAUUAAACUAAGUGCUCUACCCAAAUUUGGCUGCAUCGAGAAUACUGGGACAGGUGAUCGUUUUGGACCCGGAAUGACUGGUCAUCAUGAUGCCUCCUUUCCUAUUCAAGACGUUCUGGAAAACUACAUUUACUACUUCCAGAGUGUUCAUGAAAGCAUUGAGCCCACACAUGACAUUUUUAGUUUUUACAUAAGUGAUGGAAACAGUCAUUCAGAAAUCCACAGCAUCAACAUCACUAUAGAGACAAAGAACGAUGAACCUCCAAGGAUGACCUUGCGGCCCCUCCGAGUAAAGCUGAGCUCAGGAGAGGUGAUAAGCAAUUCCUCUCUGAGCCUACAAGACCUGGACACUCCAGAUAAUGAGCUGAUUUUUGUAUUGACCAAUACCCCUCACCACGGUCAAGUGUUCUUAAGGCGAACUGCUUCUGAACCUCUUGAGAAUGGAAAAAUUUUGACCCAGGGGUCCUCUUUCAGUUACCAGGAAGUCCUAUCUGGGUUGGUGGGAUACAUUCCUGGUGGGCCUGGAAUGGCAGUGGACGAAUUCCAGUUCUCCCUGAGUGAUGGCCUCUACAGAGACAUAGGGAAAAUGGAGAUAUAUGUAGAGCUGCCUUCAGGUGACACUCCCCAGUUGGCAGUAAACCAAGGCCUACAGCUCUCCACAGGAUCAGUAGUACGUAUCACAGAACAGCACUUGAAAGCCAAAGAUACAAACUCAGAUGCCCAUAAAGUGACAUAUGUGCUGAGAGAAGACCCCGCAGCUGGACGCCUGCAAGUGGUCAAACAUGACAAGAUGGAGCACAUCUCAGUCGAUGGUCCAGUCCAAAGUUUCACACAAGCAGACAUCAGUCAAGGCCAACUUAAAUAUAGUCAUGAAAGAGGAGAACCUAGUGGUAGUUUUACUUUUAAAUUUGAUGUGGUUGAUGAAAAAGGCAACAAAUUGAUUGGCCAGUCCUUUUCUAUCAGCGUUGAGGAAGACAAAUCCCCACCAGUCAUCAUCACCAAUAAAGGUCUUGUCUUGGAUGAAAAUUCAGUGAAGAAAAUCACCACUCUGCAGCUCUCUGCCACUGACCAGGAGACUGUGCCUGAAGAAUUGGUCUACAGAGUCACUACACAGCCCCAGCUGGGCCACCUGGAACAUACAACCUCACCAGGUCUCCAGAUCAGUUCCUUUACUCAAGCUGACCUGAUGUCACGAAAUAUUCAGUAUAUCCAUUCCAGUGAGACAGAGAAACAUUCCGAUGCCUUCAGCUUUACAUUGUCUGAUGGAGUCAAUGAGGUAACCCAGACUUUCCACAUCACCAUUCGUCCUGUGGAUGAUUCACUGCCCAUUGUCCAGACUUCAGGGUUGCGGGUCCAGGAGGGAGUGAGAAAGGCCAUCACCGAAUUUGAGCUCAAGGCAAUGGAUGCAGACACCGAGGCUGAGUUUGUCACCUUCACCAUCACACAGCUGCCACGCCAUGGCACUAUUGAACGAGCUGGCAGUGAACCUCGCUCCCAGCACACUUCCACCUUCACUAUGGAUGACAUCUACCAGAACCGCAUCAGCUACAGCCACGAUGGCAGCAACUCCCUCAAAGACCGAUUCACCUUCACAGUAACUGAUGGCACCAACCCCUUCUUUAUUGUUCAGGAGGGAGGCAAGAAGAUUAUGACAGCAGCACCUCAGCAAUUCCACAUAGACAUCCUCCCUGUAGAUGAUGGCACUCCAAGAAUUGUCACCAACCUGGGUCUCCAGUGGCUAGAGUAUAUGGAUGGCAAAGCAACCAACCUGAUCACCAAGAAGGAGCUGCUGACCAUUGACCCAGACACAGAGGACCAGCAGCUUGUGUAUGAGAUCACGGACGGCCCUGAUCAUGGCUAUGUGGAGAACAAGCUACAGCUUGGCAGGGCUGCUGCAACAUUCACACAGGAGGAGGUGAACUUGGGUUUGAUUCGCUAUGUGUUGUUUGAAGAGAAGAUCCACGAGAUGAUGGAUAGUUUUCAGUUUCUGGUGAAAGACAGUAAACCCAAUGUGGUCAGGGACAAUGUCUUCCACAUCCAGUGGUCCCUUAUCAGUUUCAAAUAUACCAGCUACAACGUCAGCGAGAAAGCAGGAUCUGUCAGUGUUAGUGUGCAGAGGACUGGUAACCUCAAUCAAUAUGCCAUCGUUCUGUGUCGCACUGAGCAAGGCUCUGCCAGCUCCAGCUCCAGGCUAAGCUCCCAGCCUGGCCAGCAGGACUACAUGGAGUAUGCCGGUCAGGUGCAGUUUGAUGAACGAGAGGACACCAAGUCUUGCACCAUUGCCAUCAAUGAUGAUGAUGUGUUUGAGAAUAUUGAGAGUUUCACUGUGGAGCUCAGCAUGCCGGCAUAUGCCCUAUUAGGAACAAUCACCCAGGCAAAAGUUAUUAUCAAUGACACUGAGGAUGAACCCACACUGGAGUUUGAUAAGAAGACCUAUCAAGUCAAUGAAAGUGCUGGCUUUCUGUUUGCACCUAUCAAAAGAAAAGGGGACUCGAGCAGCAUUGUUUCUGCAAUCUGCUACACAGUUCCUAAAUCGGCUAUGGGAAGUAGCCUCUAUGCUCUUGAAUCAGGCUCUGAUUUUAAAUCUAGAGGAAUGUCUGCUGAGAGUCGUGUGAUAUUUGGGCCUGGUAUUACCAAGUCCACCUGUGAUGUCAUGCUCAUUGACGACAGCGAGUAUGAAGAUGAAGAAGAGUUUGAGAUUGCCCUAGCAGAUGCUUCUGACAAUGCCCGCAUCGGAAGGGUGGCAUCUGCGAAGGUGCUCAUCAGUGGGCCCAAUGAUGCUUCUACCAUUUCUCUGGGCAAUACAGCCUUCACAGUUAGCGAGGAUGCAGGCACAGUGAAAAUUCCAGUUAUCCGCCAUGGCACUGACCUUUCUACAUUCACAUCUGUCUGGUGUGCAACACGUCCCUCAGACCCAGCCUCAGCCACUCCAGGAGUUGACUAUGUUCCCAGCUCUAGAAAAAUAGAGUUUGGGUCAGGAGUCACUGAGAAGUAUUGCACCUUGACUAUUUUGGAUGACACUCAGUAUCCAGUAAUUGAAGGGCUGGAGACAUUUGUGGUUUUCCUCAGCUCAGCACAAGGGGCUGAGCUGACCAAACCCUUCCAGGCUGUUAUCGCAAUUAACGACACAUUCCAGGACGUACCCAACAUGCAGUUUGCCAAGGACUUGCUACUGGUAAAAGAGAAGGAUGGAGUCCUGCAUGUGCCUAUUAUCCGGAGUGGAGACUUGAGCUAUGAGUCAUCAGUGCGGUGCUACACUCAAGCCCUUUCGGCUCAGGUUAUGGAGGACUUUGAGGAGCGAAGAAACUCAGAUUCAUCCCGGAUUACUUUUCUGAAAGGGGACAAGAUGAAGAACUGUACUGUAUCAAUCCAUGAUGACUCGAUAUUUGAGCCUGAGGAAGAGUUCAAGGUCUACCUCAGUCAUCCUCUUGGAAACCACUGGAGUGGAGCCAGAAUUGGGAAAAAUAACAUGGCCACCAUCACCAUAUCCAAUGAUGAAGAUGCACCAACCAUUGAGUUUGAAGAAGCUGCAUAUCAAGUUAGAGAACCCUCAGGGCCAGAUGCCAUGGCCAUCCUAAACAUCAAGGUUAUUCGCAGAGGAGAUCAGAACAGGACGUCCAAGGUUCGCUGUAGCACAAGGGAUGGCUCUGCCCAGUCUGGCGUGGAUUAUUACCCAAAGAGUCGAGUCUUGAAGUUCAGUCCAGGGAUGGACCAUAUCUUUUUUAAAGUUGAGAUUCUGUCCAAUGAAGACCGGGAGUGGCAUGAAUCUUUCUCCUUAGUCCUUGGUCCAGAUGACCCCUUGGAGGCAGUUCUUGGUGAUGUGACCACUGCCACAGUGACAAUUCUGGACCAGGAGGCAGCUGGAAGCCUUAUACUGCCAGCACCACCCAUUGUUGUCACCCUUGCCGACUAUGACCAUGUGGAAGAGGUUACCAAGGAAGGAACCAAGAAAUCCCCCUCCCCAGGCUACCCACUGGUCUGUGUCACUCCCUGCGACCCCCACUUCCCCAAGUAUGCCAUCAUGAGAGAGCGCUGCAGUGAGGCUGGCAUCAACCACUCAUCGGUGCAGUUCAGCUGGGAAGUGGCUGCCCCCACAGAUGGCAAUGGGGCCCGAUCUCCCUUUGAAACCAUCACUGACAACACACCAUUCACAAGUGUCAACCACAUGGUCCUGGAUAGCAUUUACUUCAGCCGGAGGUUCCAUGUACGUUGUGUAGCAAAGGCUGUGGACAAGGUGGGCCAUGUGGGGACCCCCUUAAGGAGCAACAUCGUUACCAUUGGCACAGACAGUGCUAUCUGCCACACCCCAGUAGUAGCUGGGACAGCUAGAGGCUUCCAGGCUCAGUCCUUCAUUGCGACUUUGAAAUACCUGGAUGUCAAGCAUAAGGAGCAUCCAAACAGAAUCCACAUCUCCGUGCAGAUCCCCCACCAGGAUGGAAUGCUGCCCCUCAUUUCUACCAUGCCUUUACACAACUUGCAUUUUCUAUUAUCUGAGUCCAUCUACAGACAUCAGCAUGUCUGCUCCAAUCUUGUCACCACCCGCGACCAGCGAGGCAUCUCAGAGGCGGGCUUCCUGGAUGAUCGUGUCUACGACAGCACCGCCCUGGGCCCAGGCUAUGACCGCCCCUUCCAAUUUGACCCUAAGGUGCGCGAGUCAAAGUCCAUCCAGCUCUACAAACACUUGAACCUGAAGAGCUGUGUGUGGACUUUUGAUGCCUAUUAUGAUAUGACUGAGCUAAUUGAUGUCUGCGGGGGCUCUGUAACUGCUGAUUUCCAGGUGAGAGACUCAGCCCAGUCCUUCCUUACAGUGCACGUGCCCCUGUAUGUCUCCUACAUCUAUGUGACAGCCCCCAGGGGCUGGGCCUCAUUGGAGCACCACACUGAGAUGGAGUUCUCCUUCUUCUACGACACUGUCCUCUGGAGAACAGGAAUUCAGACUGAUAGUGUGCUCUCUGCAAGACUUCAAAUAAUCAGAAUUUACAUUCGAGAAGAUGGCCGACUUGUCAUUGAAUUCAAAACCCAUGCCAAGUUCAGAGGACAGUUUGUGAUGGAACAUCACACCCUCCCUGAUAUUAGGUCUUUCAUAUUGACUCCAGACCAUCUUGGAGGCAUUGAAUUCGACCUACAGCUCCUCUGGAGUGCUCAGACUUUUGACUCCCCAUAUCAACUCUGGAGAGCCACAAGCUCUUACAACAGGAAGGACUACUCAGGAGAGUAUACCAUCUACUUGAUUCCCUGCACUGUACAACCCACUCAGCCCUGGAUAGAUCCUGGAGAGAAGCCUUUGGCCUGUACCGCACAUGCCCCAGAAAGAUUCCUGAUACCCAUUGCAUUUCAGCAGACCAACCGCCCUGUGCCAGUUGUAUAUUCACUCAACACUGAAUUCCAGCUAUGUAACAAUGAGAAGGUUUUCCUAAUGGAUCCCAACACUUCUGAUAUGUCCCUGGCAGAAAUGGAUUACAAAGGUGCCUUCUCAAAAGGUCAAAUCCUUUAUGGUCGAGUACUUUGGAAUCCAGAACAAAACCUUAAUUCUGCUUACAAACUUCAAUUGGAGAAAGUCUAUCUUUGUACUGGCAAGGAUGGCUAUGUACCUUUCUUUGAUCCCACGGGGACAAUCUACAAUGAGGGACCACAGUAUGGAUGCAUUCAGCCAAACAAAUACCUAAAACACAGAUUUCUGCUGCUGGACCGCAGUCAGCCGGAGGUAAUUGAUAAGUAUUUCCAUGAUGUGCCCUUUGAGGCCCACUUUGCCUAUGAAUUGCCUGAUUUCCACAUAGUCAAUAGCAUGCCAGGUGUGGAUGGAUUUACCCUGAAAGUAGAUGCACUAUAUAAGGUCGAAGCUGGACACCAGUGGUAUCUCCAGGUGAUCUACAUCAUUGGCCCUGAUACCAUCUCAGGGCCCCGGGUCCAGCGCUCUCUUACAGCGUCUGUGAGGCGCUCCCGAAGGGAUCUGGUGGAUCCCAGUGGCCAGUUGACCCUUGAUGAUUCCCUCAUCUAUGACAAUGAAGGGGACCAAGUCAAGAAUGGCACCAAUAUGAAGUCCCUGAAUCUGGAGAUGCAAGAACCCAUCAUUGCUGCAUCUCUGUCCCAAACAGGGGCAUCUAUUGGCAGUGCCCUUGCUGCCAUCAUGCUGCUCCUUCUUGUGUGCCUGGUGGCCUGCUUUCUCACCAGGAAAUGUCAGAAACAGAGGAAGAACACUCCAACUGAGAACAUUUUGGAGGAGUACCCUCUGAACACAAAGGUGGAUGUGCCCAAGAGGAGCCCAGACAGGGUAGAGAAGAACGUGAACAGACAGUACUGCACCGUGCGGAAUGUCAACCUACUGAGUGAAGCUGAGGGUGCAUAUGUGUUCAAAGGUGCUAAAGUUAAAAAAUUGAAUCUGGAAGUCAGAGUCCACAACAAUUUACAAGACGGAACAGAAGUUUAAUGGAGGAGUCCUGCGUGUAUUUUCUUUUUCUAAACCAUUUUUAUAAAAAAAAUUAAAAAAAAGGGGGUAUAAUGGUAUUUUUAUAAUCCUGCAGAGGAAAAAG